AUGAAUGCAACAAGAUAUACACUUUUACACACGCCACUUAUCGUAUCGGUCGUUUCUCAAUAUUUCGAAUAUCAAGAUGAUAUUUAUAAAUUACUUUUUGUGAAUCCAAAAUGGGCCAAGAUGCUCGUUCCCGUGUUAUGGAGAAGUCCGAUAUGGAAGACACCAAAAUCAUUUCAAAAAUUCUUACGUAUAUUAUCGGAACAACACCCACCACAUCCAUAUGGGACGUUAGUAGAAAAAUUGACAUUCAAAUCAUAUUACAAAUCACUACCACCAUUAUUUACGAUAGAAGCGUUAGAAUUAAUAUCAUUACAUUGUCCAAACGUACAAUAUUUGACAUUUGACUGCUUAAAACCUUCAAGAUCAUCAUUAUCAUCAUAUUCCAUCGACACGAGUAGCGAUUUACCACCAAAUAUUUUGGCAUCAUUAUUAAAAAGCUUUCCAAAUUUAGUCGUAUUUAAAGGACCAAAAUUCAAUUCAAUGCAAUGGAUUGGGGCGGGAUUAACACCGAUGCGUAAAGGAUUCCUUCCCUAUGUAAGAUCGCUGAGAUUAUCCUUAGAUUGGAGAGAUUUAUCGAUGCCAUUCCUAUUACAUGACAUUGGAAGUCAUUGCCCUUCCAUUAUCGAACUUGAUAUCAUAACCGACGUACCCGAACAAACUGCCAAAAUCAUCGUAGAUGCUUUCCCAAAUUUAACAUCAUUUUCAUGUAUCACGGUAACAUUUCGAGCAUUAUACAUAUUAGUUAGUGGUUUGACUAAAUUAACCUCAUUAAAAUUGCAAUUCGGACAAGACAUUACCGAUGAAAGGUUACUUCAAAUUUGCUCGAGGUUUCCUAAAUUGGAAUCGUUUUCAUUAUUAAAAGGUUGGAAUAAUUUACAAACAUUCAUAAAAUCUUGGUCAAUGAUUCAAAAGGAUACUUUAAAUCAGUUGGAAUUCUCACAUAAUAAUGGGUUAACCAAUGAAAUGUUAUUACCUAUCUUUCAAUUAUGUUAUAAUUUAUCCACCUUGAAAUUAAUUCAUUGUCCUGGCGUAUCGGAUAGUUCCAUAACUUAUUUAUCUCGACAUCAAGGUUGUCGAUUGAAAAAUUUAUUAAUUCAUUAUAAUUACAACAUUUCCGAUCAUGGGAUCAACAGUUUGGCCGAACAUUGUGGUAAUUUGAUUUCCUUUAACCUGUUAGAAUGUCCUAAAGUUACCAUCAAAUCUUUAAGUCAAGUUAUUAAACGAUGUAGGAAUUUGUUGGAAUUCUAUGUUAGUUUUAAUAACAAGUUGAUGAACGGUUUAGUUAGUUGUUACAAUUCUUGUGGUAAUUCGAAUUUAUUGGUUUUUGGAAAUCGUUACGUUUGUUUGGAUACUACGCAGAUUUCAAAAACUAUUGAUAGUUCAAUGUUACUUAAAUUGUCAACGUGUAUACCAAACCUAAGGAAAUUGGACAUAAGGUAUCCGAUCAAAAAUGUGAAUCCAAACCAACUUGAGAAAUUGUGCAUUGUUCCUCCACCGAAUUUAAAACGAAAGCAUUUAAGUUUGUUGGACGCUCAACAUAAACGGUUAAAAGAAAUUUGGUUUAUGACAAAAGAUCACCCUAAAAUUCGACAGUACAUUUAUGAAUCUGACCUUUAUAAUAAGAAUGGCAUUAGGCUUAUACUUUGCAUGUUAUCCGAUUACGAAGAAAUUUAA